CACCUCCACACCCCCAUGUACUUCUUCCUCCUCAACCUCUCCCUCCUCGACCUGGGCUCCAUCUCAAACACUCUCCCCAAUUCCAUGGCCAAUUCCUUACAGGAUAACAGGGCUAUCUCCUACCAAAGCUGCGCUGUCCAGGUCUUUUUCUUUGCAUUUUUCCUUGGAGGAGAGUGUGCUCUUCUCACAAUCAUGGCCUAUGACCGCUACGUUGCCAUCUGCCAACCCCUGCACUACAGGACCCCCCCUGCUAUCUCUUCUCCAGCCCUGGACCUGGUGGUGGCUGUUCUGUACUCAGUGGUACCUCCAACUUUGAACCCCUUCAUCUACAGCAUGAGGAACAGGGAGCUCAAGGAUGCGGUGAAGGAAUUGAUCCAACGCACCUUGUUCCACCAGCAGUAA